AUGUCACUUAAUACUCUUAAGAUAAAGACCGGAGUAGUCAAACGAUACUUUAAAGAAGAAAAGUCUUAUCAUAAAGAAGUCGAAGACCAAGAGAAACGGAUUGAAAAACUGACGGCAGAAGGGGCAGACCCAUCAGUUAUUAAUAAACAGAAAGAGGUAUUAGAGGAAUCGCAAAGAAUAAUCCCGGAUGUUCAAAGCCGUCUCAAAGGGGCUUAUGAAGAAUUAAGAAAUUUAGUCAAUCAAAAAAACCCAUCAUGGACUGGUACAACUGAACUGGAAGAUGCGGAAAACACUUUAAAAGACGUUGGACCUGAAAUUGGUCUUCAAAAUAAUUAA